AUGGGGAUAGACAGCAUGUCUGGCCCAGCUGUACUGGCUCUCUGUGGCCUUUUGGUCCUCUAUGUCCUCAGGACGGUCAGCACGUAUGCCAAAUUGCGCCAGUUCCGCGGCCCCACGUGGACCGGUAUCUCGAACUGGCCCCAUAGCAUAGCGAUGCUCCGUGGUAGCUGCCACGAGUGGUACGCUGAUGUGAACAAGAAACAUGGUGCGGGUCGUCUGCAAGGCACUUCUGGUCCGAUCGCCCGUGUCGCGCCUCGGGUAUUGAUCACGUCUUCUCCAGAAGUCUGGAUGCAUGUAAACAACAAGCCUGGCUACAAGCGCUCGGACUGGUACUAUCGAGCCGCACGGAUUGAGUACCGAAGAGACAAUGUCUUCAGCCAGACCGACAAUGUCAAGCAUGAGCAGCGCAGAAAGCAAAUGGCGCCAGGGUACUCGGGAAGGGAGAACCUACAUCUUGAAGAGUCCGUAAAUGAGCGACUGCAAGAUUUCUUGCAUCUUAUUCGGACUAAGUAUGUCUCAUCCGACCGUGAAAUUAUACCCAUGGACCUAGCAACAAAGGUCCAGUAUUUCACGCUAGAUGUUAUCAGUAGCGUGGGCCUCGGUAAAGCGUUUGGUAUGCUGCAAAGUGAUCGCGACGUGGAUAACUACCUCCAAUCUAGCGAGGAGGGGCUGACUAUAGGCCACAACGCUCUUGCUCUGGGCUUCAGCUGGCUAGCGCAAGCACCGUUCAUCGGCAAGUUCAUCGCACCUUCUCCCCAGGACAACAAUGGUUUCGGCAAAAUGAUGGCUGCAUGCUUCCGCCUCGUGGACGAGCGUGCUGCAAGCUCGACCGAUAAACGAUCUGAUAUGCUAGCCUCUUUCAUGCGCCACGGUUUGGCCGGAGACGAGCUGCGCACGGAGGCACUGGAACAAAUCAUCGCUGGCUCCGACACCACCGCUGGCGCCAUUCGCUGCAUUUUGUUGCAUACCAUGACGAACCCUCGCGUCUACGUCAAACUGCAGCGCGAGGUCGACGACGCCAUACGGGAUGGCCGGGCACCUGGCCCAGGCGAAGGCUUGAUCACGGCUGCUCAGGCCAAACAACUUCCGUAUCUUCAGGCGGUAAUUCGCGAGGCACUUCGAGUCUGGCCGCCCGUCGCGAACAUUUUCUCUCGUGAUGUUCCGCCGGGCGGUGACACCGUCAUAGUCGACGGCGAGAGCGUGUUCCUACCGGGUGGUGUCUGCAUCGGAUAUUCCGCAUACGGCAUGCACCACAGUGAGAAGAUAUAUGGCAAGGACGCAAAGGCAUUCCGGCCCGAGCGCUGGCUCGAAUCCGAUCCUGCAAAGUUGGUUGAAAUGGUUCGAACGAACGACCUGACAUUUGGUCACGGAAAGUUCCAGUGUUUGGGGAAGCCUGUGGCUCAACUCGAGAUGGGAAAGACUAUUUUCGAGCUCCUGCGCAACUUUGACCUGUCAAUUAUCAAUCCGACACGUCCCUGGAUGACGCGGAAUGUUCUUGGUCUUUUCGCAAUCUCUGACAUGUGGGUGCAAGUAACGGAGCGAACUUCAUAG